UUGUGUGCUUCCUUUCUGCUCCCUGCCCAUCCGCUUAUCUUUCCAUCUCAGAGACAAAAAGCCUCUCAAAUGAGCAUCCACAAAGAUCAUCGACAACAACAGCAACAGUAAAGCACUUAGCAGUGGAAGGACCCAUCUUUGUUUUCUCAAAUAUGACAAAUCCAAUGGAGCAACAUUCUUUCCUGCUGACAAAUCAAAUCAGCGGUUUGGCCCGGGUUCAUCAGGGUGAUGUUUUGCUCCGAAAGAGGUACUAAAAUCUUUGAAGAGCAUGCUCAGAGGUAGUACUCUGUUGACAUGUUCAGCAUAAUAUCUCAAGGAGCCAUCAUUAAAGAAAUGUAGCAUUCUUUUCAGCAGUCCUCGCCCCCACCACCAUUCAUGUAAAGUGCUUCACCUCAGUUGUAUCUAUUCUCAGUGAUUGAAUUACUACAGUGUAAUGGAAACCAUGUAGAGUGCUGUGGGACAUCCUUUUCCCACACAACAACCGUUUAAUCACAGACAAACAGCGGGCACAGUGCCACAUUAUCUAUCACUGUCCGAAAAUGAAUGAGAGAAGGAGACAGAGUGUUUUUUUGUUUGUGAUGUUAUCUGAAAAAAUUUAAAUGUAGGCGUGAAAGGCAUCAGCUGGAUCCUUCCUAGCAUCAUAAUGGAUCCUAAAUAAGGCAAUAAAAAUGCAAAUGAUGAUGACAUUAGCAUUUUAUUGCCUUCUUUGCUACUUAGACCACUCUAGUAUACAUGUUAAUAGGCAGGUAUUAGCUCAAACUCUUUCACCACACAGUGGACUGUUCGUGUGCAGAAUUCACACACAACCAGCCCACAGCCACAGAUGUUUCUUACCAUCAGUUCAGAGGAAACAUCUCCACCUCCCUCCCCACCUCUGACACAUUCUGGGUUUUCCCAGUCACGAUCAGCAUCUCAUUUUUCCCUCCCCAUUUUUAUCUUGAAAUAUUCUGUGUUUGUUGUUUUGAGGCCCCUUUUUGUGAAAUUUUAAUCCCUUUCUCUCAUCAUGUCAUCUCUUUUGAGGGAAGAGAUGCAGAGAGUUUUAUUUCGACCUGCAAAGCACAGACUUGUGGAGUUUAUUGAAAUUGAAGAGCCAACGCCUGGAAGGCAUUUUCUCUGCGUCUCAGUUGGACAAAAAAAAGUGGUGCAGUUAAGCGUAGUGCAUUGUCAGAUCUCUCAGUCAACCCAAAAAUCUGGAUCCAAGAAGUUACAAACCAAACGUUCCAGCAUCCAGGAAUGCUACAAGAGGACCGAGAUCUGGUCCCUGCAUGACCUGACUCUUGUUGAUGGAAGAGAUCCUGAUGUGGAUGACUCCUGCUUCCUGCUGCACUUCGAUAAGGUGCGUACAGUGACGGCUGUCACCUGCUCAGCCAAAUACACGAUGGUGCGUGCCCUGGUUGCCCUCUGUGAUCGUUACUGUCAGAGGCCGCUAAAUCUGCAGAACUUUGACUUCCCUUACAUCAAGCCCACCACCUAUUACUCCAACAGAGGGGACUGUGUCGUUCUGUCCCAGAUAUGCUUCUAUGCGUGCAAUCUGGUUUGCUUGUCUAUGUGUCCAGUGCCACUGGAUGCCUAACAACACAACUUUUGUGUGUUUCUCUAUAGUGUGUGAGCAUUGUUGUGCUGUAGCUAAUGUUCUGUGUGUAAUUCUGGUUAAUCGCAGGUAUGCUUCAGUUGGGUUUAUAUUGAUUAUUUAUUUUUGCAUUAUUGCUCUUUUAAGCGUAUGUUCAUGACAAACAAGUUUUAGACUGAUAUUUCUAGGACAUCUUUUGUACUUAGUGUUUAAUUAUGUGAUCCAUUAAAGAGCCCACUAAAAAUGACAUUCACAAUAAAACAAAAUGAACUAUAAAAGACAAAUAUAGCAAAGAGAUGAAUGACUUAUUUUAUUCAUAGUAAAUAAAGACUCCUGUGAACACAGUAUGUUUACUGUGUGUUAUUUAUUUGCCAUCUCUGUAUUUUAAAUUCCGUAUUGCUAAAGAAAGAUUCCUUUGCAGGAAAUAUCAGUGAACAGGUUUAUACCUUUCAUGUUAUUGAAAGUAAUGAGAACAUUGAAAUUAAAGUUCUGUUAUGAGAGAUUUUAUUUAUGUAGUCAUUUUAGAAGUUUCAUAAAAAAAAUGUAAAUAGAAAAAUAAAAAUGGAUAUCAUGCUGAGAUACUUUUUGCCUUUACCCAGAAUAUUUAAAUUAACUUUUAUUCAUGCAAGUGCUUUCACUUAAAAUUAGUUGUUGUAGCUGGAUGCCCCUUCACUCUUUUUUCUAUCCUUUCAUCUGCAUUUUGUUUUAGCAUAUUAUUUCUUAAUAAAUGAGUAAUUAUGAUCUA